AACUUGUAGAGAGGUUCGUGUAAAAGAAAAAACAAACCAAAAAAUUCUGCAAUCAGGGAGGUUUGCUUCUUCGGAGACUUAAACCAUAAUCUCAUCCGCUAAAAUUUGAAAAACCACCUGAAGGUUUCUAGGGUUUUUGGUCUUCUCCAGAUUUCUGCCGAAUCCAAAGAGAGUUUGUCACCGGAAACACAAUCGGAGUUACAUGAAGCGGGAUGUGGAGGAAAGUACUGAUUUGAAGGGCGGGAAUUGGGAUGGGGGCGAAGAAGAACCUGAAAGCAAUGAGAAGCGGAAGCACAGGUCGGGAAGAAGUUCGAAGGAUAAGAGCGAGAGCAGAAAGAGAUCCGGCGGCUUGAGUAGAGGGGAGAGUGAUGAAGAUGAUUACGAGGCCAAGAAGGAGCAGCGGUCAAAGCAAAUGAAGAAGAAACAAGAGGAGAGUUCGUUGGAACAGCUGAGCAGUUGGUACCAGGACGGAGAUCAAGAAAGCCGGCUGGAUGGUGGGGACAGAAGCGAGAGGAGGAGAUCGAAUUCAAAGGUGAUCGAUAAAAGCAAGGAAGAGAAAUCUCUUGAUGGAGAGUCUGAUAAAUAUCAUGACCGUGAAUCCAAGAGUUCAGACAGGAGGGAAAGUGGCCGAGACAGAACUCAUGGUUCUUCUGAUUUGAGUAGAAGGAGAAGAUGGGAUGAAGCUGAUCCUGUUAGGAAAGGUCAAGAGAAUGAAAAUGAAAGAGGUGAUCUCAAAAGUAGUAAGCUUUCUGAAUCCAGGCAUGAGGGUGCGGGAGAAAAAACUUCCUCUAAAUCUGAAUACAGUGACAAUCGGGCUCGGGGUCUGGACUCUAAAUCUGAUAAAAGUCUGAAGUCAAGCAACAAGGAAGAGAAGAGUAAGACUCGAGGAAGGUCAGAGAGCAGUAAAGAUGAUGAUAGAGCUAGUCCUCUUAAGAAAACGAGUGGCCGGGAUGCUUCUGAAACAGCGAGUGAAGCUGGACGGUCUAAUAGGUCUAGGACACCAGAAAGAAGUGGAAAGCGUCACCAAGAAUCAGAACAAUCAGAGGCAGAGUAUGAAAAGAGUGACAACAAGUGGGGUGAACAAGAAAAAGAUGGUCGGAGAGAUGAAAGAUCGAGAGGAAGAGAUUAUGGUUGGUCUGAUCGGGACAGAGAUCGAGAAGGUUCAAAAGAUAACUGGAAGAGAAAGCAUUCGAGUAAUGACAAAGAUUCAAAAGAUGGGGACUUGCUUUAUGAUCGUAGCAGGGAACGGGACUUUCCAAGGCAAGGACGUGAAAGGAGUGACAGCGAAAGGCCUCAUGGUCGUUCAGGUGGCAGGAAAGAUGGAAAUAGGGGUGAAGCAGUUAAAACAUUGUCGAGUGGUGGGGUUUCAAAUGAGAAUUAUGAUGUGAUUGAAAUACAAACCAAGUCAAAUGACUACGGAAGGGGAGGAUCAGGUCCAAACUUUGCUCGUAGGAGUGAAAUGGGUCAGCAACCUGACAAAAAGCCAGCUGGUAACGAUGAAGAAUGGGCCUAUAACCAUGAAGAUAGACAAAAAAGUGAAAAUUUCAGUUCUGGGCCUUAUGGUGAAGAUUCGAGGGAUGAAGUUGAUGAAUCUGACUACUCCAGUGGCAAAGGAAGGAACCUGAGGGGUGCCACACAUGCUCGGAGUAAUAGUGGGCAGACCUCUAAUCGAGGUUCACUGCCUCCCCCGGGCAUGAAAGGGAACAGACUCUCGAGGGUCGGAAAAGGAAGGCCUGGUGGGAGAGAGACCCAACAAGGUGGCAUUCCAUUGCCUUUGAUGGGACCACCGUUUGGGAACCUUGGAAUGCCACCACCCGGUUCAAUUCAGUCACUUGCACCUGCAAUGUCACCAAUUCCGGGCCCUCCAAUCGCAGCCGGUGUCUUCAUGCCUCCAUUUGCCCCGCCCCUUGUCUGGCCUGGUCCACGAGGGGUAGAUGCCAACAUGCUGCCUGUUCCUCCUGUUCUGUCUCCUCUUCCUCCUGGACCAUCCGGCCCGAGAUUCCCUCCGACCUUUGGUACUCCAAACCCAAACAUGUACUUCAACCCUCCAGGUUCCGAAAGAGGAGGACCUCCUAUCUUGUCUGGGCCCACUUUCGAUGUUCCGAUACAAAUGGGACGAGGAACCACGUCUGAUAAGAGUUCGGGGGGAUGGGUUCCUCCUCCGAGGUCCGGGGGGCCUCCUGGUAAAGCUCCUUCUAGAGGAGAGCAAAAUGAUUAUUCUCAAAACUUUGUGGAUACCGGGAUGCGGCCACAGAAUUUCAUCAGGGAACUAGAGCUUACCAAUGUAGAAGACUAUCCCAAACUUAGGGAGCUCAUACAGAAGAAGGAUGAGAUUGUAACUAAGUCUGCUUCUGCUCCAAUGUAUUUGAAAUGCGACCUUCAUGAACUUGAGCUAUCUCCUGAGCUUUUUGGAACAAAGUUUGAUGUCAUCCUUGUUGAUCCGCCAUGGGAGGAGUACGUCCAUAGAGCUCCAGGUGUUGCUGACAAUAUGGAGUAUUGGACAUUCGAAGAAAUCAUUAACCUUAAGAUUGAGGCUAUAGCGGAUACUCCCUCUUUUAUCUUCCUUUGGGUUGGCGAUGGAGUCGGGCUUGAGCAAGGGCGCCAGUGCCUGAAGAAGUGGGGUUUCAGAAGGUGCGAGGACAUUUGUUGGGUUAAGACCAACAAAAGCAAUGCAGCACCGACAUUGAGACAUGAUUCUCGUACAUUGUUUCAGCGUUCUAAGGAACACUGCCUGAUGGGUAUAAAGGGAACUGUUAGACGUAGCACUGAUGGUCAUAUAAUCCAUGCCAAUAUCGAUACUGAUGUGAUCAUUGCCGAGGAACCCCCUUACGGUUCAACUCAGAAGCCGGAAGAUAUGUAUCGGAUAGUUGAGCAUUUUGCACUUGGUCGACGCAGGCUCGAGCUUUUCGGGGAAGACCACAAUAUUCGAGCCGGUUGGGUUACAGUUGGAAAAGGCCUUUCCUCAUCCAACUUCGAUGCUCAGGCUUAUACGAAGAACUUCAUUGACAAGGACGGGAAGGUGUGGCAAGGAGGAGGGGGGCGAAACCCACCUCCCGAAGCGCCACAUCUCGUUGUGACGACUCCGGAUAUAGAGGCUCUCCGCCCGAAAUCGCCGAUGAAGAACCAGCAGCAGCAGCAAUCAAACCCCGUCUCUGCGAAUUCAUCCAACAGAAGAACCACGGGAAACUCGCCUCAGCAGAACCCUAACAUCGUCGUUAUAAACCAAGAGGCUUCAGGUUCUAACUUCUCGGUCCACCCCCCUCCUUGGGUCGUGGCGGCCGGUGGUCCUUCCGCCGUUGACGGCUUUCGUGGAGGUCCCGACAGCAGCAAUGGCAGUGUGAGACCAGACGACAAGGUUUUCGACAUGUACGGUUUCAAUCGUCCUGGAAACGGUGAGUUUUUGGAAUUUGAUCCGCAGAGACAGAUGAACAUUUUGUAGCAAAUUCCCUUCCUGCUUUCAGACUGAAUCUCUUCUUCUCUUCUCUUGGAAAAUCCAAUUAAGUUCAUGCCA